UAUGUCUGCUGGAUCUGCUGAAGAGGAUAAAAUUUCCUUGAAAUUAAAUACGCUUGAGAAAAUAGAACAAGAGGAAAUAACGAUUGAAAUAAACGAACAAUCGGCAACAGACAUGAAAGUUCCGUCCGUUGUUUCUGAUAAUAAACAAACACAACACAAUCAACCGGAGAGCGAAAGUGACGAAGAGACGGAUAGGAAAGCUCCAGAUCAAUUAAAACUGGAGUUUCUAUCAAGUUUAAUGGAAAAUGAUUAUGAUAAUGCUCUAAAACUUUGUAAAAUGAUCCUUAUCUAUGAAAAAAAAAAUCCCGAAGCUUUACAAUUUCAAAAGUUGAUAACGGAAAAAAAGAGACUCGAAGCCGAAAUGGCUAAUGACAAUAGUUCGUCCGAAGAGGAAGACACUGACGACAGCGAUGACGAAGAGGAUGAUAGUGAGAGUGAUGACGAAGGUAACAAAGACGAUAACAAGCCAAAUUCUAACAUGAAGAAUAAUGCUGCGGAAAAUAAAGUUUCAAACCAAAAAAAUGAUGGAGAUGAAGAAGAUAAAAUUAAAACAGAUAAACAAAAUAAAGGAAGCGAAGAAAAUGAAAGCAAUAAAGAAGAAGAGGAAGAGGAAGAACAUGAAGAAGACGAAGAAGAUGAAGAAGACGAAGAAGAAGAUGCAGAUGAUGAUGAUAAAGAAGACAAAGAAGAAAAAACUGAAGGUGACCUAAAGAGUCAAAAUACUGUAGAAAGUAGCAGAACAAAUUCAGAAUUGAGCGAAGAUCAAGAAGAAGAAGACGAAGAAGAAGAAGAAGAAGAAGAAGAGGAAUUAUCUGACGAACAGGACGAUAGUGAAGACGAUGGGGAAGAAACGGAAGAAGACAAGAAAGACAAUAGAACCAAGAUCAAAGUUAAUAAUAUUGACCAAGAUAUAAAUUAA